AAAUUUCUAAGUGUUAAAAAAGUAGAAUUGUUGUAUACUUAUAAAUAUUACUAUAUGUAUAUGAAUUAAUUUUUUAAAAAUGUAAUAUUGAUUAAAGUAGUAGCGCCUUGUGGCACCACUGUAGCCAAACAAUAUGGCAAUCGUCAAAUCUCCGUUUUCUUUCCGUAUAAAUAGCUGUCAUGCCCAAAUUGGUGACAUUCAUAAAAAAUCGACCAGAUUUCUGGUUCAUUAUGGUUAAAGUUGAAUUCACUACUUAUGGAAUCGUCGAUGAUAAAGUAAAGUACCUGAUGAUCCUUAAGGUCUUUGAUCACAAUACGAUCGAGCAGAUUUCAGACAUAAUACGACAGGAGUCCACUACUGAAAAGUACAAAACUCUCAAAAUCGCGAUAAUCUCACGACUCUCUGAUUCCAGACAAAGCCAAGUAAAAAAACUUUUACGUGAGACAAUGCUUGCAAAUAGAACAUCUUCUCAACUUCUACGACAAAUACGCGAAUUGGCUAAUGGUUUCGUUGAUAAUAUCAUAUUGCACCAACUUUGGCGUGAACGAAUACCAGCACAUAUUAAACCGCAUCUGAUUAUCGCAAGUAAACUUCCGCUUGAUGUUAUAGCCGAGUUUGAGGACCGUUUUUACGAGCUGAUGCCCUACGAUCAAAAGAAUAACCAGGUCAUGGCAAUCUUUGCACGUCAUCCUGCAUCACCGAUUCCUCAGUAUACUGACUCAAAGUUCAUGGAAAUUCAAAAAUCUCUUAUGAUGGAGAUCACUAAGUUAAAAUUACAGCAACAAAACACACAACAGCAUCUACAACAACUCACUUAACAAGCCAACAACUGUAGACCCAAUUUCAACAAGACACCCAAUCUCCGAGGCACCAUAAUCGCAGCAGACCAAGAUCACUGAUACCUACAUACAAUAGUAUCUGGUAUUAUCACCAAAGAUUUAGCAGCGAAGCAAAAUACUUCACUUUACCUUGCAAAUUUGCCUCAACAACCACACUGACAACAAAUCAGGGAAACUAACGUUGCUGUCUUCAGUAGGAGCAAUGAAAAACAGCAACUGCAGACAAAAGGAGCUCCGACUACACAUUUACUACAACACUAUCAAACAGAAAUUCCUGAUUGACUCUGGGUCUGUAAAAUAGUUCAUCGAGAUCACUAGGGCGAUUAGCAAGCCAUGUUUAAAUUCAAAAGCACGCCCAUUUGCUCAUAAAAUUACUACGCAUCGUGCACCAGUCACUGCACGAGCAAAUAAACUAGCGGCAAAAACUCAAAUCAGAGAACCUCUAGACUUCGGAAUCAUUAGACCCUCCAGCAGCAUGUAAGGCAGUCCUAUUCAUAUGACACGAAAAAAAGACAAUAGCUGGAGAAAGUGCGGUGACUACCGUAAACUCAAUGAUCCCACUGAUCCAGCCAUGUACAGCCCCUCCGCUCACUCAAGAUUUUUUUCCACGUCUACACGACAAAAAACGUUACAACAAAAUCGACGGCGAAAAAGCAUACCUACAACUACUUAUGCACGAGGACGACAUUGAAAACACACUCGCAACAAUCACAUUGCUCGCUUUUCCGCCUUCUAAUUAACCAAUGGCUCUCACAAUCGAUGCAUCCGCAACUCCCAUCGGAGCUAAACUAUGAUAGAACAGCUGAAAGGUGAUACCUGGAAACCCAUAAGAUUUUUCUCCAGAAAACUGAGCUAGGCAGAACAGAAAUACAGCACAUACAAUCGUGAACUCCUUGCUAUUUUUGCAUCAGUCAAAUUUUUCCAUCACUUGCUUCAUUGCCGUCAAUUUGUCAUCAAAACAGACCACAAAUCAUUUACUUUUGCCUUCAAACAAAAACUGGACAAAGCAUCGGAACGUCAACUACAAUAACUCGAUUACAUCUCACAGUUUUCCACUGACAUAAUUUAUACGAAGUAUAAUGAUAACACGGUCGCAGAUGCACUUACCUCGCAUUAAUACCAUCAAUAUGUCAUCCGUUUUCACACCUCUUUAAAUCCAACAAGCACAACUGAAUAACAUUGAACCAGCUGAUCUGAUCAAAGACUCAGUUAAUCUACAAAAUGAUGAUUUCAAUUGAUAAUUUCCUUGAAUCUACAAAAACUCACGUCAGAACUAGGAAUCAGCAUCUAUUGUAACAUUUCGGCAGGAUUCAUCAGAUCAUUCAUACUAGUACCACUACGUAAAACAGCUUUCAAAGUCAUUCAUAAUCUCUCACAUCCUGGCGGCAGGACCACAUCUCUAAAUUUACGCGAAAAAUACAUUUGGCCUGAAAUCCGUAAGGACGCAUUCAAAUGGUCUGGAGAAUUUCUUGCUUGUCAACGAACAAAAAUUCAUUUUCACAACAAGAUCAAGCCAAACCACAUAGACGUACUUGAUAACCGCUUCAACCACAUCAUCUUUCUACUGAAGGUCAAAAACUGCCAAUACUGCCUUAACCAUCAUUGAUCGUUUCACUAGAUGGCCCGUAGCAAUAUUUCUGAAGGACAUGACAACAUAACUAUACUUCUAAAGGACAUCGUUACUGCACUAUACGAACAUUGAAUCUGUCAUUACGGUAAUAAAAAUCACAACUGGCCAAGAAACUCAAUUCGAGUCAGCGCUUUUUCAAGCUUUCGCUCAGCUCGUGGGAGCAACAAAAACUCGGACGAUACCCUACCAUCCUCAAUCCAAUGGAAUUGUAGAGAAGAUGCACAGGACUCUCAAAGCAGCGCUGAUGUGUUCUCCUAAACCAUGGAUGAAGAUCUUACCUAUAGUAUUAUUAGACUUACGAACCAGCUUUAAACCUAACAUCUAAGCCACCUCAACUGACAUGCUAUAUGGUAUCUGUUUACGUAUACCAGGCGAAUUCUUCGUCACUGGUGAACAACAAUCUGAGUCACAAAUCUUCUUGGAGAAACACAGAGAAUUCAUCCGUGGACUUAAACUUACACCGAUUGUUCACCACAACAAAGCUAGGAUCUUCAUUCUAAAAGAUCUUGACACCUGUUUUCAUGUAUUCCUGCGCUGUGAUCACGUUAAAGCUUCACUAAAAGCAUCGUACAUUGGUCCAUAUAAAGUCAUAGACCGAAUAAGUAACCGGGUAUUCAAAAUUAACAUCAACGGAAAAAUAUUUCAAUAGGCAGAUUGAAGCCUCUUCACCAGACUCUUCACCAGAUUAACAAGUCCAACCACAUCACUGGGGUUCCAUUACAGAUAAACCUAAACGAACUUACACACGUAAAGUCAAUUUCAAACAUCCUACAGAAACUCAUGUGGGAGUAGCUGUGGUGACCUCGAUGCGACUAUCAUGCCUCCUCAGGAAAGACACAUAACUAACACGCCUUGGCGCCAUCAAACGUACAUGUGGGAAACUAACCAAAGUGAGUGCUUUAUAACGAAUAAUAACGAAACAGUUUUUAAAUCAAAAGUAUACAACAAUUUAUAUAAAUUAAAAGGUGCAUAUAACAAUAGUAAGACAAUAUUUUCCAAAUUGCUAAUACAUGUGAUACGUCUAGGACACAGGAACCAAGACACAAUUCAAACAGUGGUAUCCAAAUCCAUGAUUAAAAGAAUUACAAUAAAGGACUGUGGAAUUAUGGAGGUCUGCGAUACAUGCAGAUGAAAAUGACCAGGAAAAAUAGAUCUCUUUUGGAAAUGGCCAAAUGUUUGUUAAUUAAUGUCAAACCUGAGAAAAAGUAUUAAGAAAAGGCUGUCAACUUUGCUAAUUAUUUACAAGAUAAAUUAGUUACUAAAUCUACAGGAAUAAUCCCAAUGGGGAGAUGGAUUGGAUUCGAAACCAGAUUUCGAACACAUACAUAUUUUUGGAUCCAAAGUCUACAUACAUCUUAAAAAAUUACGAAAGAAGUUGAUUGACAAAGCAAAGGAAUACGGAUUUGCUGAUUUUGACAAUAAUUGUAAAGGAUAUUAUCUCUUAGACACAAAUACAAACAGAAUAAUUAUAAGUAGUGAUGUGAAAUUUACUGAUUCGAUAGUAGGCUUAAAUGAGAAAAAAGAUAUUUCAAUCAGAUUGGAUGAAAAGGAUAGCUAUGAUUUAACAGUAAGUCUUCUUAGUGCCAUUCUAGCCUAUAUGGAAAUGAAUGAAUAGAACGAAAACAACAUCAAAGAUGAAGCUGUUCAUAACAUC